AUGACGACCGCUGUGGAGACGCCGAAAAUAGUCCAAUUACACGAGGAGUUUUAUUCGGGCGCGGAGCAGCAGCGGUUACAGAAGAAGGCAGCCCAGUACGAAAAGAACAUCGCCGAUCUGACGGAGAAGAUCAAACAACUUGAGAAAAAGAACAAGCAGUGGAAGCUGAAGGUGGAAGACAUCGCGGAGCAGAAGAAGAAGAUAGCCAUGUCUACAAGAAAGAACAGUCGGGCGUUCGAUGAUGUCAGUCAUCGUCUUGCGGUGAUGACAAGGAGACUUGAAGAUUCUAAGAAACAGGAGAGCACGGCGGUGAGACAGGCUGACGAGGCGAAGGAUGAGGCCAAGGGACUGAAAGUAACUCUACAAAAACUCCAAAGGGAGAAAGACCUUCUAGAGAGACAGAAGGAGAAUACCCUUCGUGAGCGGGACUCCGCCGCGUCUCUGUACGUAACUCUGGAGAAAAACGUCUCGGAACUUAAGAAAGAAAACGACGACCUCAAAUCUGCCAAGAACCGCGCUCUCCAAGAGAAAGACAUCAUCGAACAAGAAAGAGACACUUACAAAUCCAAAGCAGAGAUCCUCGAAAAGAAGCAGAAGGAGUUAAUGAAAGAGAAAAUUGAGCUGGAAGACGAUAUGAGCGCGAUUGUUCGCGAGGCGCAAAGAGGAAAGGACAGUCUUGAGAUCGAGAAAGAACGGCUGGUGGAAGAAAACAAGGGACUGAAGCUACGGGCGGAGCGAGCCGAGAGAAAAAUAGACGAGAGCUUCAGCAGCCACGUGGAGCUGGAACGGGAACACGAGUAUCUCAUGUUGCAGAACGAACAGGCACUGGAGGAACGAGAUAUCGAGAGGACCCGGACCGCGCAUCUGUCCAAGCUUCUGGAGAAGACGAGACGAGAGAAGGCCUGGGCCAUGGAGAGACUGGAAAUCGCUAUGAUGGACAUCCAGAUGUCGACCAUGCAGCACCAACAGCAGUCGGUAGGAGUCAUGUGUGACAUGGCGGACGAGAGGCCGAGUUCAAAGAACAGGGGAACGCAAACCACCUAUCGCGCGUGCGUCUUCUGUUUCCGGAACACCAACAAUAUCAACGGUCGCGGCAACUUACAGAGAGAGAAGGAACCCAAAACGUCGGUCAAGUCCAAGAUCCCGCUCAAGAUUGAGGCGACAAAGACGCAGAGCGAACCGGACCUCGACAAGACUGCGCAGGCAACGAUGACGCCAGACGACAACUACGCAUCUUUUGAUGACGACAUGACAUCGAGACAAAUCUACGACCAAGACGAAACGACAGCCGAGACGAGUGAACUCUUUCCAAUAGACAGACCGACCGGACGGCGCAACAGGUACCUGGAGGACAUCCUGCGGAUAUACACACUGGACUGACAACCACCUGCACAAAUAACAUGAAAGUUCAUCUGUGUUGGUAGAAGACAUUCUGGAAAAGUUAAACUGCAAUC